AAAAAAAAAAAAAACAAAAUAACAUUUAAAUGUAUCUUGAAUACGAUAAUGAAGAAAAGCCGCCUGGAGGUUAUCUAAUAAUAGAAGAUUACUGCUACAGCUCUCUGAUUACAACAAGUUUACUUGAUAUCUUGCUAGUAUGUUUGAGUAAUAACAAGCAGUUGUCUUUAAUGACCAAUUUAAAUGAGACUGAAUCUUCGAAGACACUCCCCCAGUCUAUAAAGUCCCAGCGUUGAGUGUUUAUCAGCCAGUUGUGGUCAAACCACCGCACAACCUAGAAGUGCUCUAUUGCAAAUUAAAAGAUGUUAAAGCUAAGUGUAAUUUUACUUUGUGGUUUGCUUUAUGUUGACGCCGCAAUGAGUCGCAAUCAAACAAGCUCUGAUCCUCCAGAAGUGACAACUCCCCUCGGGAAAGUUAAAGGGUCCCUGAUGGAAACGCGAUUGGGCAAGACAAUAUAUGCGUUUCGCGGGAUUAGAUACGGCGAACCUCCUAUUGGCCAGCUGCGUUUUAAACAAGCUGAACCAGUGAAGUCUUGGGAAGGCACCUUUGAUGCUUCAAAAGAAGGUCCUUCAUGCGGGUGGCUGGAAUCUAAGCUCCAAUCGGAAGAUUGUCUUCGUUUGAAUGUCUACACUACGAAGCUUGGAGACCAUUCACUCAAAACCCCAGUGAUCGUAUUCUUCCAUCCCGGAGGAUUCUACGGCUUUUCAGGACAAAGCUACCUAUUCGGCCCGCAGUACCUUCUUGAUGAAGAAGUCGUGUUAGUCACAACCAACUACAGAUUGGGCGCCAUAGGCUUCACUGCUACCGGAGACGCUGAAUUCCCAGGGAACCUGGGCCUGAAGGACCAGGUCCAAGCUUUGAGAUGGGUCCAGCAGAACAUCGCGGCUUUCAACGGAGACCCUGAAUGUGUCACAAUUGUGGGGUACAGCGCAGGAUCUUGGAGUGUCGCGCUCCACAUGUUGUCCCCUAUGUCCCGAGGACUGUUCCAUCGAGCAGUAGCGAUGAGUGGGUCUCCCACCAAAGGGGAACAGCUUCAGCACCAGCAGCUAGACCUGGCAAAGAAACAGGCCCGGUUGGUAGGCUGUCCUUCUGAGAGCACCAGAAUUAUGCGGGAGUGCUUCGAAAAGGUUCCAGCUGAUAAAAUGGCAGCUACUGUUCGGAAUAUGACUGACUGGGGCUGGGACCCAAUUCGUUUUUGGAGUGCUGUAGUGGAGCCAGAUAUCCCUGGGCUUGAGAGGUUCAUCGUCGAGCAACCAGUCGACUCAAUUCGCUGCGGAAAUUUUUAUAGUGUGCCUUUUAUGAGCGGAUCCACUUUGGAUGAAUUUGGAGGGCAAGCUUUAGUUCCAGUAGUUGCUGCUCGCCACGGGAACAAUUCUGUUUUUGAUGACUUGAACGCAAAUUGGGAUCACAUUGCGCCCAUUGCAUUUCAAUUUCAACGCAAUUCUUCAAGGUCCAAAAGGAUUAGUGAUGAGUUGAGGGAUUUUUACUUCAAAAAUGAAACUAUUGGUUUGCAGAAUUGGCAAGCUCUUGCUCAUUUGUACGGUGACGCUAUAGUAUCCUUCCCAAUCCACCGAAUCGUUGAUCUAGUAUCCAGAUAUUCUGAUCAACCUGUUUACUACUACCACUUUGUUUAUCCAGGACGCUACAGUUGGCACGUUUGGUCCGAUACCAAAAAACCAUUUGGUGUCGUUCAUCAUGAUGACCUAAUGUACCUCUUCUAUAUGCAACGCUACUUCCCCUACUUCAACGAAACUGCCCCGGAGAUACCUACCGUGGAGCACAUAACUGCCAUGUGGGCGAGUUUCGCCAAAACAGGCAACCCUAUUCCCAAGGACAAUCCUCUGUUCAAAGACGUCACUUGGGAGCCUUUUCAACCUGAAACUGGGCAGUACCUUGAAAUCAACAGCACUUUGACGAUGAAGUUCAAUCUCAAUGCUGAACGGAUGGAAGCUUUUGAAAGGAUAUUUCCAUUAGAGGAAGCCAAUUUCUCACUUAGCUCCCAGAACUUCUUGCCCUUUGCCGGGUCUUGGACUCCAGAUGACAGGCCGUAUUCCUGA